UCAAGCCUCGAGGUAUACCGAAGUUCCAGGGUACCUGAGAUCUUGCCCGCCUAAUAUUAGCUAGCUGAGUCCACAACGUCGCGAUAUGAGUAACCCUACAUUGAAAUCAAGAAGCGAUCUUUAUCCAGAGACUUCUGCCAACAGCAGACAAGCUCAAUCUACACCUAUAUCCGUUACAUCCGGUAGCUGUACCAUAUUGAAGAAUCCCUUGAAUCAAAAGGCCACUGUCCAUGAUGCUACCGAUGACGAGUGUAGCUCUGACUCGGAAGGGACCGUCCAAAGUCCCAGCCAUCACGAGCGCCAUAAGCGCGUACGCCUCCAGGAUAUCUUAUCUCAAGGUGAUGAUCGUGGCGAGGAUAUCGAAUCGCCGUCAAAGAGGGCAAAGAUAUUGACCACAACAUGGACAUCCACUGACUCUCCUGAUGUUUCAAACUAUUUUAAUGAACGCAUGCUCGAACUUUCAUACGUCACUCGCCGGGCUUUUGCUGCGAGAAUCCGAUACGCACGCCUUCGUAGCCACGAACUUGAGCUGAUGAAGUCCAUCGUCGAGUAUGAAAACGAGCAGUCCAAAAUACAGAUAAAUGCAAUUGAUCUGCAGAUCAGCUCCCUCAAGGACACACUUCGCGAUGCAGGGGUGGACAUGGAGAGCAAAGAGUGUAGGUUAUCCAAGGACAACAUCAGGAUGUUCUCUGGCGAUGACGAUGACGAUGAGGCAAGUUGGCAAGAAGAUGACUCUUGCGACGUGACAUUUUCAUUUGGAAGUUCUGGAUCUGGCUCAGACUACGCGUCAGAUGAAUCAGAUGUUGAUUGACUUUGCCAUCGAUAUCUAUCCGCUGUUUAUGUCUGCGCAUGCGUCGAUCAAAAAGAAUGCCCAGCCAAAUUUCAUCAUCCUUAUCAAAUACAUCUGGGAUAUUCCUUGUCAGUCGCCAAAUCACAAGGAAUAAUUACAUAAAAGUGGUCCGACCCCACUCAGCUCCGCAGACUAGUCGCCGUAAUCUCUUUCACCUAUCCUAGUUGAUCACUAGUGAACAGCUGACAUGGUACCGAUGCGUCGCAGCGCAUACAAGCCAGGUUAAUUAUACAAUAUACCGUCAUACAACAUGUUUCAUGAUAACCAAACACGAGCGCGAUCCCGUCGGUUUGAACUCAAGACAAGUUUUGCAUUGCGCCUUUCCAUCAUGUCAGGUCGUCAAAAAGCAUCUGGUCUUGUGCGCAUCUCAAAGGGUUCAAAUGAUAAAGCGAUGGGUGAGAGUUUGGGAUG